AUGCUCAAACUUGUUUUCUCAAUUUGUGCGAUCUUUCUGAUUGCUCCAACAUUUGCUGCGUUUUCUUGUAAAGAUCAAUCUGGAAAUGACGUUGAUUGGUGAGUUUUGAUCUUUUUCAUUUUUGAAAAAAAAAGGAAUUAUAAUAUUCAGGUUUGCCGUAUACAAAAUGCCAAUCGAGAAAGAUAAUUCAGUUCCUGGAGUGGCUGGAGGUAUUGGAUGGUAUUACGUUGAUGUUAACAAAAAAGGAACACUCCAACCAUCUGCAAAAACUCUUGAUGAUACUGAUCAGGUUCGAAAUUCAAACAACUAUUUUUCACUUUGCUAAUUUGGUCGAUUUUCGGUUUAUCAUUUGAUUUUUCUAGGCUCUUGCAUACACCCUUCAACAAUAUUAUGAUAAACAAUCUGAUAAGUCGAUUUUCCACGUGAUGUUUAACGAUGAGGUAAGAAAUUGAUGGGUUGAUCUGAUGAUAAGAAGUUGCGAAGUUUGAUCACGAUGUUUUAUUGGCAAAUCAAAGCUUUGCAAAAAUUUGGAAAAAUUCGAAUUAUGGAACCUAUACAGAAAGUUGUUUCUCACCAAUAAUCUGAAAAAAUUAAUCUCUUCAGAAUCUGAAAUUGCACAUCAAUGUUAUGUUCUAAAAGUAUUGCGAAAUCCUCAAAAAUUUUUCAUUAAAAAAUUCUGCUAUCUCUUCUACUAAUUUUUGAGAGAAUUAGAACGCACCAGUUAUCAGAAGAGCGCAUUUUCUUGUGUCCCUGUCGCGUCUUCUCUUUUUCUCUCUUUCUUUUCUAUUUGUAUACUCCCAAUUUCGCAUACUAUUUUUUUCUAAAAUUCACAAUUCAGCCAUGGGGAACCGGAAACUCCAAAGAUGAGCAAAAAAUCAGUCUUGAAGAAAUAUUGAGCAACCGUGUCUUCCCAUCUCAAUCGUCUUCUUAUGGACACACAAAGGGAACUAUUUUCUUUGAUAAUGAUUCUGGAGUUUGGCUUGUUCACAGUGUUCCACUUUUCCCAAAUCCAACAAAAUAUGAAUAUCCAACUUCUGGACAUGAUUAUGGACAAACAAUGUUGUGUAUGACUUUCAAAUAUUCUGAAUUGAGUAAAAUUGGUGAGUUUCUAUUUUUUUUCAUAAAAAGAAGGUCUACUAAAAUUAUUGUUCAGGAACACAAUUAUUCUUCAACCGCCCCAAUAUUUAUUCAUCAAAUCUUCCAACAUCAAUGGCAGCAGAUAAUGCUGAUCUUGCGAAAGCUAUUGCCGGAGGAUAUCAAAAAGGAUCACCAACAUCAAGUGUUUUGGAACUCGAAACAGCUGGAGGAUAUAGUUUCACAUCUUUUGCCAAAACUAAAGAAUUCAAUGCUGAUUUGUAUGACGGAAUUGUUGCACCAACUCUUAAAACUAACCUUGUUGUUGAAACUUGGAGACGUGGAAGUGAAGUUCCACUCGAUUGUAAGCUUACUUACCAUGCAAAUGAUGCCAAAACUAUCAAAGUUGGGGAUACUACUGCUUUUUCAUAUACCAAAGAUCAUUCAAAAAUGGCACAUUCUGCUGAUAUGACUAAACCGUGGGUGUGCAUUGGUGAUAUCAAUCGAAUGGUGAGGAUUUUUUUCAAAUACUAGAGACAACAGUUAAAGAUGGAAGUUGUUUUCAGACUUCUCAAUAUAGCCGUGGCGGUGGUACUACUUGCAUUUCAAGCACAUUCUUGUGGAAAGCCUAUAGUGUGAUUUCUGAUCAAAACACUUGCUAA